CUCACUACCUGUCAUGGCGUCUCCCUUGAAGGGGGAUUGGUGCUGGAGAAAGUAGCCGCUGUCAUUUUCUAAUUUUCCCCUUUGUUUAUUGCACUGAACCCCGAUUGAAGAGGAAAUUAGAAGCAGGUAGUCACCAUGGGGACUGUCCACGCUAAGAGUCUGGAUCCUCUUCCCAUGCAUGGCCGAGACUUGAGUGUAAACCCUGAUGACUUGGUGGAGGCACCAGAAACAGAGCAGGAGGCCAAGCAAGAGAUCCUUGAAAAUAAAGAUGUGGUGGUUCAACAUGUCAACAUCCAGGGUCUGGGUAGAACUAAAGAGGAUCUGCUGGGUUAUGAGAUCUCUGAUGUUUUCCACGCUAAAAAUCUCAUUGACGUGAUGAAAAAAUCUCACAUUGCCAGACAGAAGCUGCUGCGCCUGGGUAUCUUUAAAGAGGUGGAGGUGCUUAUCGAUACCUCUGAAGGUACAGAUGCUUUGCCCAAUGGUCUGGAUGUAACUUUUGAGGUGACGGAGGUAAAGCGCCUGACAGGAAGCUAUAACACCAUGGUCGGCAACAAUGAAGGCAGCAUGGUGCUGGGUCUGAAGCUGCCCAAUAUGUUUGGUCGAGCUGAGAAGCUGACCUUCCAGUUCUCUUAUGGAACUAAGGAGACAUCCUAUGGCCUGUCCUUCUUUAAGCCCCAGCCUGGACACUUUGAACGCAACCUCACUCUAAACAUGUACAAAGUUACUGGCCAGUUCCCAUGGAGUUCUCUAAAAGAGACAGACAGAGGGAUGUCUGCAGAGCUAAAUUUUCCUCUUGGGUGGACCAACCACACACUGAAAUGGGAAGGUGUGUGGAGGGAGCUGGGCUGCCUGGCACGCAGUGCCUCCUUCGCUGUGCGAGAAGAGAGUGGACACUCGCUGAAAUCUGCCCUCUCACACACAGUAUCUGUUGAUUCGAGGAAUUCUGCAAUAUUCCCUAGCAGAGGUGCCUUACUGCGACUCAAUCAGGAGUUGGCUGGGUACACUGGAGGAGAUGCCAGCUUCUUGAAAGAGGAUUUUGAGCUUCAGCUCAACAGACGGCUCUUCUGGGACUCGGUUUUAUCUGCUUCUCUUUGGGGUGGGAUGCUUUAUCCCCUUGGAGGACAACCUUCCUGCAUCGCUGACAGGUUUUACCUUGGAGGUCCCACCAGUGUACGAGGAUUUGGGAUGUACAGCAUCGGGCCACAGAGCGAAGGUGACUAUCUAGGUGGUGAGGCUUACUGGGCAGGUGGUCUGCACCUCUACACCCCACUUCCCUUCAGACCAGGAAAAGGCGGCUUCGGUGACCUUUUCAGAACACACUUCUUCCUCAACGCAGGAAACCUGUGCAACCUCAACUAUGGUGAAGGUCCUCGGGCUCACCUUCAGAAGCUGGCGGAGUGUAUUCGCUGGUCAUAUGGAGCAGGGAUCGUGCUGCGGCUGGGAAACAUUGCUAGACUGGAGCUCAACUACUGUGUACCCAUGGGUGUUCAGAGUGGGGACAGGAUAUGCGAUGGUGUCCAAUUUGGGGCGGGAAUUCGUUUCCUGUGAUGUCAUCACUCCGCUGCCUGCUGUACUCGACGAGAGGCUGUGAUCUGAAAAGGGAGAACGUCUUGUUAUCUGUCACGUGUAACUUGUAGAGUGUAACACUAGCAUGGAUCCUUUGUCUUGGGGAAUCAUGCCUUGUCCCUAAUCCUCCUUUGAAAUGCACCAAAUAAGGCUUCAGUGUUGGACCACACAACCAGAUCAGUUUUUAAAAUAUCAAAUGUAAAUGUACCAUGAUCAGAAGUAAUAAUCACACUGAAAGGAUAUUAGAAAAACAUUACACAACUGUGAAAUCUAGUCCAGUUUUGUCCACUUUCCUUGAAUGCACUAUUUAUUCUCUUCACCCUUUUUUGAAAUCCUAGUUAUUGCUAAAUUAUGUUUUUUCCGAAGUCAACUAGAGAGUGAUUCAUUUUGCAAUUAAGUUGAGCCAGUUUUUCCGAAGUAUAAUUUCAUUAUUAUUGUUGCUGUUCACAGUGUUUCUGGUUGAAUUUAGAUAAAGUUCAGAAACUGUCUCCAGCGCUGACGCCUUGUUAGUGGGAAAGUCAUCUCUCAGUGAUUUCACCCUCUUUGUUUCCUGUGGUGACACAAAGUAAAUGGAUUUUCCAGAAUGUUGAUGAGAUUUUGGGCAUGUUCCCUUUUGCCUUUCAGGACUGCUUCUUAUCCAGGAGCAUGACUUGUUGAUAAUUUUAUUUGAUAGUUAAAUGUACACCACACACUCUUCUCACCUGAUGAGUCCAAUAGUUGUACUCUUUGUUUGAAUGAUUGGAUGUGGAAGCAGCGAAGGGAUGAACGACAGGAGAAACCAGCUUUUUUAAUUAAGAUGGGCUUGUACGAAGGAAUCUGUCAUCAUGCCAAAGCUGUUGGUUCAUAUACCUGUUGUUAAGGACAGUAGAUUGGCAGCAGAGGUGGAAACCUGUGAGAGACAUCCACCACCAGUGCUCUUACCGUUAGUCCUCUUUUUGAUGUUGUGAAAGCUCUUGUAUUCUGUUCACAAAUAAAUCACUGCUGCUCCCCUGA